AUGGCAAAAAAAGGGAAACAACGGUUCCCGGCAGAAUCACCGAAAAUUCACCGGCGCAAGCUUUCCGUUCUUCGGGCUGGAAACAAUCGCGAAGAAACAAUGGAGAAACCAUCACCGCCGUCGUCGCGAUCGUCGAGCUCCUUCGACGGCUCCAAAGAGCUUCAGUGCGUUGGUAGUCUUGAAGUAGUCAGGCCGAAGCCAGUGGGUUUCCUCUGCGGUUCCAUCCCCGUGCCGACUGAUAAAUCCUUCCACGCCAUCGAUUCGGCUCUGGUUCCUUCACGCCAGAAGGUGAGGGCGCCGCCAAGGUAUAGAAUGCUUCCGGCGGAAACCGAUCUAAAUACUCUUCCAGUAGUUUCCAACUUGCCGGAGAAAGUUCUUCCAAUCGGCGCAGUACGGUGUAAAACCACCGGAGCCGGAGAUGCUAGAAUCAGCUCUCAACCUCCUGCUAGAAGGACGCCAUCCAAGGAGCAACCCAUCCAGGGAUCAUCUAAUAGGCACGGUGAUCUGCUGAUUUUAAGCAGUUGA